AUGCAGCAAGGCGGGUCAGGCGUGUCGGGUCUGUCCUUCGCGCAGGUGCUCGCCUUCCUCAAAGCUCAGGGGGGGUGGGGGGGGGACGUCUCGGCGAUCUCCACCGUGGGGCAGGCCAAAGUCAAGGCCUACGAGUCGCGGCCGCCCUCGGCCAUUGAAGCCCGCCACAGGGUGGAGAAUGCUACUCGGCAGGUGGAUCGCCUCGUCGGCCGCACCGCGGAGUCCGAGAAGCAGCAGGCCGAGCUCGCCAAGACCCUGGAGGAGACGAAGAAGCAGCUCGAGGAGGCCCGCGCAGAGCUCGAGCAGCACACGAAGAUGCUCCACGAGGUCAACUUCGCCGACGUUGACGACCCGAUCGCUGUGGGGCUGGCGGGCCUCGACCAGGCAGUCACCAGCUCCGCCGAGGGCCAGGCGGCGCUCGAGACGCUGCAGCGCCCGCAGCGUGAGGCCCGCGCUGCGGCCCAGGCGCCACAGGGUGCUGAAGGGGCUGCUGGUGGCGAUCCUGGUUCUGGUUCAGAUGAGCAGCCUGACGAUGUCCCCAUGGGCAGGCCUGCCCAAGCCGAGGACUACGACAGCGAGUUCCAGCAGGGGCUCAAGCGGGCGAUGGCGGCUGAGAACGCAGAGCAAGAGGUUGCCCAGUAUCUUGCCGAGUUCGAGGCCAAGCGCCAGGGCCAUCGCGGUCGGGCCGCGGCGAGGGAGCGGUCGCCGGAGUCGCCCCCCGCGGGCGCGGCUGGCCCAGCGGCCGCGGAGCCGCAGGCGCAGCCGAGCGGCGGUGCCGCGACCCGUGGCGGAGGUGCGCCGACUUGCCGCCUGGUGUGUGUCUGCCUCGUGGAGGACCACAAGCCGGAGGACACCCGCGAGUGCGAAGACACUUUCGAGGGCCGCUUCGACACGCGGGCCUCGCAUACGGCUUGCCGCGAGGAGAACUCAGUGGCGGACCUCGCGCCGCAGGACGCCCUGGAGUGUGUUCACGCGCCCGAAGGCUGCCUCGACGUCGUGGCCACGGGCGAGACCGAGGAGAGCGGCGACCACAGCUACCUGGAGGAGGACUGCCCCGCGUCCACGAGCUGUGGAUGGGGCUCCGGCUGCGUCGCAGAGAGCUCGGCGAUCGAGGACGUCGUCGACGGGGGCCUGGACCCAAGCUGCCUGGGCAAGGAGAGCGCCGACACCUGUGGGGAGCCCCUGGGCAGCUCCCCAUCCGAGGACGGCGUCCGCAAGCACUUGGAGAAGGACUUCCCUACGUCCACGGGCGAUGGAUGGGGCACCGGCUUCGUCGAGAAGAGCCUGGCGCCCGAGUUUGUCGUCGAUGGAGGCCUGGACGCAAGCUACCUGGAUGACAAGGGGAGCGUCGACACCUACGGGGAGCCUCCGGUCAGCUCCCUGGUGAAGGCGGCGCCGUGCAAGAGGGGUUGCGAGCACCAGGGCGUCGUACCGUGCCGCCCCUCGCGCGGCAGCUGGGCGGAUGAGGUGGACGAGCCCGACUUCGUGGAGUUCCUGGUCUCCCUUGGGCCCACAACCCGUGCCGGGCGUGCCCGGGCGAGCAAGGGCCGUCGCUCGCACCAGGGUGGGGGUUGGCCUGCACGCGAGGCCCGUGCGUCCGUGCGGAGCUGGGCCGAGCUGGUCUGUCCCCGCCUCGGUGAAGGACCAGGCUCGGACACGGGAGCUCCCAGCGAGGGGAAGCGAGAGGCGCCGCGGGCGGAGGGCGGGUGCGAGGGCGCCGCCGCCACUCCCCGUGCGCCGAAGAACCGUGCUGGGCGUGCUCAGUUGAGCAAGGGCCAUCUCUCGCGCGAGAGCGGUGACUCGCCUGCACACGAAGCCCAUGAGUCCGUGCCGAACUGGGCGGAGGAUGACACUCGCAGUGUCGGGGUGCCUGUCUCGGCCGCGGACGUUCCCAUCCAGGGGGCGGAGGAGGCGCCGCGGGCGGAGGGCGGGCUUGAAAGCGUCGCCGCCCUUGCCCGUGCGCUAGCGGAUCGCCUCCAAACGGGAGCGCUGCUUGCUGACCUCGAGGAGGAGCGGGGCGUCUUCCUUGAGGCCUCCGCCCAGUACGACUUCGUGGCGAUGACGGCAGCCAUCGGCGAGGCGCGGUGUGAGGAGCCCCACGCGAUGCUUUGA